AUGUUUCAAAGUUUGAUGAGCAAAGGGCAUAAAAGGACUGAGAGGAAAGUGAUAUUCCAGCGUAAUUCAACUUCAGAUAAUAUAAUUGGGACUGUUAAUUUAGAUGAGACCGUUCCGAAGCACCCAUUGUAUCAAGCGGUGCUACGAUGUGAUGAUGAUGAGUUAGAGUCGUACGAUUAUCAUAAGUUUUACCCUAAAUGGGGAUUAAUGAUAGUGCAUUAUCGGAUUAUUGUACAAAAAGUAUGUCAAGUAGAGAAACUCCCAAGAGUCACAUUUCCAGUGGUCGCUCAUUCGAAGUAUCGUGAAUAUAUUGAAGAUAUUAAGAGAUGGAAACCAGAGCUGCUCAAGCAUCUCUUAAAUUUUAUCUUGUCUCUUCCUAUGUGUGAAGAUGGAUUGGAGUACAUUAGCAAUAUGUCUGCAAGUAAUAGCGUGGCGUCUAUCAAUAUUUAUACCAAGAAGUUUCCGUUGUUUAAGUAA